GCUUUUCGACUGUGUCGCAAUUUAUAAUUGAAACGUUUGUGCUGAAUUUUGUAAGAUAACCUUCUCCUCUCUUUUAACUUCUAGAAGUUACCAAUAUAGUAAUGAGCCUAUAACUAAUUUCAGUAAAGCAUAUCCCCGACGCUCUUGAUCACGGAUCAGGGAUCAGGUUUAAUCAAGUUUUGGCGCCACUGGUGCCACCAUGCUGCCAAUGCUGCCGCCAAAAAAAAAAAAAAAAAAAAAAAAAAUGGUUCCUUUAUCGCUUUUUGAAUGUUGAUCAUCUCGAUCAUCUUGAUCAACCUUGAUUACCUCCAUCAGUGGGAUUAGUGCUUUGGUGGGCACCCGUGGUCCGUGGUUGUGGUCGUGCGGUAGUUCAGCUGGAUAGCUUACGGUGAUUCAGCCGUUUAGCGUUCAGCUGCGAUCUUCGGAUCUGGUGCUUGUUGUGCGGUCAAAGCUAAAGUGUUCGAGACGCUGCCACGCUGCUGUCUCUCGGCGGCGACCGAACGGUUUCAUUUCUGGAAGACCUCGGAGAAUGGCCCGGAGGAGGUCCUCGUCCAGCGCUUCUGCCCCCGACCUGUCCCUGGAGGACUACGACCCCGCGCCGGACGAGGAGCUCAUCUGCGUGGUCUGCCACUCGGUGCUGCAAGAGCCCGUGGAGUGCCGGUGCCGGCACGUCUUCUGCCGGCGCUGCAUCCACGAGUGGCUGCACAAGAACAGCAGCUGCCCCGUGUGCCGCAAGCGGGUGCUGGCCUCCUCCCUCGUGCCCGCCCUGCCCCUGGUGCAGAACAUGGUCAGCCGCCUCAAGGUGAAGUGCCGCAGCCCCGGCUGCGGGGCCCGGGUGGCCGUGGAGAACUACGUGGCACACAUGGGCGCGUGCGAGUUUGGCGAGGCACCGUGCCCGCACGAGGCGUGCGAGCACCGCUGCCCGCGCCGCGACCUGGAGGACCACGUGAAGACAUGCCCCCGCCGGGAGGUGGCGUGCGAACUGGGCUGCGACAGCGUGCUCUCGGCGGACCAGCUGACGGCACACAGCUGCGUGGAGGAGCUCAAGCGCAAGCUCCAAGAGACGGCGGCAGAGCGGGACGGGUGGCGGCGCAAGGCGGACGAGGCAGGCCAGGCGCUGGGCAGCCUGCGGGACACCCUGCACCGGCUGGGCGUGGUGGUGGAGGGCCUCACCAGCAACCUGGGCGACCUGGGCUCUCGGCUGAGAAGCGCCGAGGCCAUGGCCACCGCCACGGGUGCCACCAGGCAGCCCGCCCGGCGCCCGGCCCCAAACGUCGGAGGCGACGGCCACCACCUCGGAGUGCUCUUUGGCUCCCGCACGGCCCGGCUCCUGGAGGAGAUUGAGAGCGACUCGGACAACAGCUGGAGCCCACGCUCCAACGGCUCCCGGGGCUCCUUCCCGGACGACGACGACCUCUACCUCGACAUCAUGAAUUGACCGGUGUCUGCCCGGACAACGAGGCCCACUCACGGCGUUGCCGACCGACGCAGAGUCUGCGGGGCGCAUGUCCUCCCGAACGUGGCAUUUCAAAAGACCUAGAACUUGCCAAGAGGACUGACUGUGCCGGCGCUCCCGUCUCGUGCGAAACUUGAACUCGUGAACGCUGCGUUGUCAGAAAGUUUCCUCACGCAUUUGCAAACUGUGGUUGCGAUCCCGGAUAAUUGCGUCGCGCACUCGAACCUCCGCGGAUGCUUUGAAUGCCGUCUGGACGAACACAAGUAGUGUUUGAGUUCCCUCGGGCAACGCGGGGUGGCUCGAGUGCCGUUUGUCGAGACGUUCUUUGAGCGACCUCUUGCUAGCAUUCUCGAACCCCCUAAUAGUUUGUGAUGCGCGUCUCGAACGUCUUUGCCCGGAGCUGGAUGAGGCCGGCGUUGCAAACACGUACAAUUUCAGUUCUCUCUUUUUUUUUUUUUUCUUUAUCUUCCGAGAUACCUUUUUUUACUCGCAGGAAUGAGCUGCCACGUUUCGCAUUUCUUUUUAUGAAUAUGUAAAAUUAAUUUUUUUGCCAGAAGAUUAAAGGAUGCGUUAUUACAGUUUCGUCUGCCAA